AUGUGGGAGCUGCGCCCAUUCUCUGCUGGAUCUAUGGGCAGUGUUGGUGACAAUACGCCCCCGGGAUCCAACAAUGAGGAGCCACCAGCCAACUCAGCUGGACCCGGCACGCGCGUGGAGGCCAUCAACAGGAUGCUCAAAUCGCGACGAGCCUGGGAGGCGAAACAAAAGCGGCGGGAAUCCCGAGCUGCAGGUGCUGAAGCGAAGACCAGCAUGACCAGCAACAUCUCAGUUUCGGUCAUCCAAGAGACUGACAUGGACUGGAAAACCCGACAGCAGAAGCGAGAAGCCAUCCAGGGAAGGUUCUGGGCUCGCAUCGACCGCUCCAAGUCCAAGGACACCAUACCAGACGAGGACUCGACGGUCUUUCCCAAGAGCUUGCCAUCCAAGCACACGAACAAGACUAAAACUCGUUCUGGUGCAGGCCUUCAGGAUCUUCUUUUCGAUGAUGAGAAGAAUCUAAUUAGCGAUGCGGAGUCGGCAAUCCACUCGGAUUCAGAGGAGGAUGACCUCGACCUGGAAGCCGUGACCAUCGAGAAGGUGAAGUGCCGCCGUGUUGGCACGUCCAUGGGUCUCAGCCAUUUCUUUGGGAGCACGACCCGCAACUCAGUCACGGGCCGAAUUGUCAUGAAGGAAGACAGGUAUUUGCCAGGCUUUCUCUUGGUGGAUAUCUUUGGUCGGCGCCGGCUCAUCGGCAGCCCUCGUCAGCUCUGGGAGGAUCACUACAUCUUCAGGCCGUACGUCAUGGCCAACCGGACCUGGAUAUACCACAAGUACGCGAAAGAUCCUUCCAAGCUGGCACAGGUCACUGGCAAGGACUCCAUGAAUGGAAUGAUCAAGAAGAUCUUAGAGCUGCGGUGCGUCGAUGUGGACAUCAAUAGCGGGCGGCACUCGCCUCUAAUGCUGUGGAUGGUGUGCAUCAGCUUUAUCGCAUGUACUGGCGAUACUCUCCUUGUGAGCAUUUCCUUGGUCACGACUUCGCUGAUGUGCUUCAUCACCUACAGCCAUAACACACCCGAGAAGUACAACUGGGUUCGACUCUGGCUGCUCCCGGUGCGCUUGGCGACUGGUGCCGGCAUCGUCCUUCGGAUGAUGGAGCUCACCCACUUCAUAUCCGUCAUUGUGUUUUCAUCGCUGAGCCUUCUGACGCUCGUCGUCGAUUUCAUUUUUGGUGAUAUGUUCAUGCUUUGGUCCUAUCGCUUCGAAUGUAGCUACAAGGUGAUCGACGAGCUUCCGGACCGCGUUUUUCUGUGCUCACGUCGCGGAGCAGCACACCUGGAUGAUAUCAUGGGUGCGCGGCUUGCGAUAUCGACGGAGGUGAUCGGCAGUGCGUGGGAUCCACGAUAUUCCUUGAUUGCCGACAUCAGGGGCAUUCUCUGCGAGCUUCGUCGGCCACGAUUAGAGGAGCUCCAGGAGCUCAUAGAGACCUUCCAAGAGUCGCAAGAAGACUUCGGCUUCUUCUCCGUCAAGUGCUUCUCGAGCGACCGGCCCAAUUUCGCCGCCAUGGAGCAGGACAUCAAAAUUCGGGAUCUGGAGAAAAUCAUCGAGAAGCACCGGAGCCAGCAUCCGUGGACCUGGAGCAUGAUAAGCAAGGCAGAUCUCAAGUUCCCCGAGCGCCGGGGCGCGGAGGUCUUAGAAGCGAAGAAGCUUGGUUUGGAGAGCGGUAGGUUCAGAAUUCAAGGCGUGUUGCAUCUGCAAGUUUAA